AUGGCCUCAGUCUCCAGCCGCCUUCACACCAUCAAAGCACCAUCCCCAGUGGUCUCCUGCUUCCUGUGCGGCAACGGCAACCAUAACUGCCAUGGACGCGACUUCACCCAGACGUGCAUUCGAUUUCACGCCCACUGUCAUGAUCCUUCUCUUCCCUCUCUGUUUUCAAAACCAUCUAUUAAACUCCUACUUAAAGGCAUCUUCAUUCUCUCUCCGGGCUCCCCUGACCGUAGGUGGCCCAUUGCCAUGACCAUUCUCCAGCGGCUUCUCUUCGAGCUACUCUCCAGUAAAUAUUCUCCCCAUUUUGCUUCCCUCUUAAAGAGCGACUAA